AUGGAAUCUUCAGAACCCCAGCAGCCGGUCAUUGGCCCUCCGCCUCCUUCGUUCACCGUCGCCCACCAGAAAGUCGAACUUGACAUCAAUUUCAACCAAGAAGUUAGCGGCAGAACCGAGAUCACCAUCUAUCCGGACUCUCAAGAACUCAAGGAAAUCAGGCUCCAUGGUCGACAGUGCAACAUCAAGAAGGUCCUCGUAAAUAACGUACCACCCUCGUCAGUCCGACAUGAAGAUCCUUGUGAUCAGCUCACUCUUCAUUCCAAUGGCACCGCCAAUCAACAUCAUCUCCUGGCCGAAAAGAUAUCAAGAUCAGUCGGUGCCGACCCGGAUCCAGAUAUCGCCAUCACCCUCCCCAAGAAAGUACGAAUAUCUCCUGUCGAUGUCGCGGAAGUCCAUACCCUGGCGACUGGUUCUAUCAAGAUUCAAGGUGCAGGUGCUCAGACUGGAGGUCCGCUUGCCAUCGAGGCUACCCAAGCCCUGUCAGACACCACCGUGGCCAAAUUCACGCCUUUGACCGUCAUCAUCGAAUUCGAAUCGUGUCAUGUCCGUGAAACUCUCCAGUUUGUCUCUGGUAAGCGAGGCAGUGGUCGAUGGCCCCACGCAUACACUCGCAAGAGACUGGGUUCCGGCGGUGCCUCGUCCCUGUUCCCCUGUGUGGAUUCCAUCAAUAGUCGUUGCACGUGGGACGUCUCUCUCCAAUGCCCGAGAACAGUGGGAGAUGCUGUCAACCAGGCUGGGUCCCUCGAUUUGUCACAGCUCAGUCUGGAUCUGACUCCAAAGGAAACCCCUCGCCAAGGUUACGAGAGCAAGGAAAUGGUCGUCAUCUGUUCGGGGGAACUGACCGAUGAGAUCGUCGACAAAAACCACCCUUCUCAGAAAACGGUAUCCUUCUCCUGCUCCCAGCAAUUGGCGCCCGAACAGAUAGGCUUUGCCAUCGGUCCUUUCGAACGAGUGAAUUUGAGCGAACUCCGAGAUGCUCAGGAAGUGGAAGAAUUGGGCCGCAAUGCCGUCGAUAUGCUGGCAUAUUGCCUGCCCGGACGAGCUGAGGAAACGAAAAAUGCUUGCCUUCCCCUGACCAAGGCCAUGGAUUUCGUCGUCCAUAAGUACAUAUCGUGUCCAUUUCGAUCAUAUUCCAUCGUCUUUGUCGAAGACAUUCCAUCCGACACUUCUAUCUUCGCCGGUGUCACCAUGUGCAGUACCAGGAUUUUAUAUCCAGAAGAUGUCAUUGAUCCCGCUCAAGAGGUGACCAGACAGCUGGUUCAUGCCAUUGUGUCCCAAUGGGUCGGAAUCAAUGUCAUUGCCGAAGAACCGCGAGAUAACUGGGUCGUUAUUGGAGCCGCCUAUUUCAUCACCAACCUCUUCAUGCGGGAGUUGUGCGGGAACAACGAAUAUCGUUUUCACAUCAAGCAACAAGCUGAUCGGGUCUGCGAAUUGGAUCACGAUCGUCCUUCGAUCUAUGAGAUGGGUGCCUUACUCCAUGUUGACCCGGCCGAGUAUGAAUUUCUGACCAUCAAGGCGCCGGUGGUGUUGUUCAUUUUGGAUCGUCGAAUUGCAAAGGAAUCCGGCGCCUCCAAAAUGCCGGGUAUUCUCGCUAAAAUCCUCACCCGGGCUCGAACAGGCGACCUCGCCAACAAUGCUCUCUCAACCGACUUGUUCCAGAAGACUACUGAGCGAAUGGGUCAUAUCAAAAUUGACGAAUUUCUGGCUCAGUGGGUCAAAGGUGCGGGUUGUCCUAGAUUCCAGGCAGCUCAAAGAUUCAACAAGAAAAAACUGGUGGUUGAAAUGCAUAUCAGGCAAAUCCAGGGCAACAUUACGACCGAUCGAGAACUCGACAUUGAUUCUUUCAUGCGAGAUGCUCGUGAAGACUUUCAAACCGUCUAUGCGGCACCUGCCCAACCCGUGUUUACGGGCGACAUGACCAUCCGCAUUCACGAAGCCGACGGGACUCCUUACGAACACAUCGUGCACAUCAAAGAUGCCAAUACUCAAAUCGAAAUCCCUUACAAUACCAAGUACAAACGUCUCAAACGGAGCAAGAAGCAGCGGGCUCGAGCCAGUACGAAAGCUGCUGCCGAGGGCGGAGGAGACGAAGAGAAUGAUUCCCUGGUCUAUUGUCUCGGUGAUGUUCUACAAGGGGAAGAGGACAUUGCCAAUUGGAGAAUCACCGAGUGGAGUGCCGAAGAUGAGGAGAGAAUGAAUGCGGAAUCUUAUGAAUGGAUUCGACUCGAUGCUGAUUUUGAGUGGAUUUGCAAAAUCAAUCUUCAAAUGCCUGGAUACAUGUUCACGUCACAGCUCCAACAAGACCGCGAUGUCAUUGCACAACUAGAGGCAGUGCGACAAAUUUCGAAUUACCAAGCGUCACCGCUCAUAUCCUCCAUCUUCAUCCGCACUCUGAUGGACCGUCGCUACUUCCAUGGAGUCCGAUCGCUGGCGGCGCAGAGUCUAGUGAAGCACGCAACCGAUGGAGGCGAGGCAAAGAGCAUAGGCCUUUUCCACCUCAAGAAGGCUUUUGAGGAAUUAUAUUGCAUCACCGAUCAAGGCUCAGCGAUGACACGACCAAAUGACUUCUCUGACCAGCUCUCAUAUCUCUUACAAUGUGAGAUCAUCGAAGCCAUAGCCAGGGUGCGGGACAGUCGAGGCCACACGCCCAAAGAAGUCAAGGAAUUUUUACUGGACAAACUCAAGUUUAAUGACAACUCGGCCAACGACUAUUCAGAUGCGCACUAUGUGGCUCGAUUGAUGAAGUCACUCACGGAAGCAAUAAUUGCACGACCCCAACAUCAACUCGAUGCCGGCGACAUGGACUUGGAUCUGGAAGAUGAAAUGCAUGAAUUGAAACAACUUGAACAUCAGUUCCUGGAGGAAAUCGAUCGGUAUCGUCGAAUGGAUGAAUGGACCAGUUCCUUCCAGAAUUUAUAUUCCCGAACCGCACUGGAAUGUCAAUCUCGACUCGCUGCCGCUGGAAUCGGUCGGUUUUCACCUUUGCAUUUCUUGCAGUACACCCGACCGGGCAAUUACGACAUGCUUCGCGAAACAGCUUACAAUGUCCUAGUGACGCCCAGCAUUUUUGAAGACCCCGCAAUUCUUCGUUACGUGUUGUAUUGCAUGGUAGCUGAUUCUUCGCCAUGGUUGCGACAGAGUCUUCAGCGAGCGUUCGGCAAAGUGUUGGCCAAACGAGCUAUUGGCCACAAAAGCAGUUCAUCCCAGCCCGUGGUGGCAGGAUUGGUGAUCGAAGAUACCGCCGCGGCGGAUACGAGGCAGCAAGAAUUGGCAAGACGACAAACCAUGGAGGGCGCCAUGGCUGCGUUGAAGAAGGAAUUGGGGGAUAACCAAGCCCUCAAGUCGGCCCUAUGGACUGCUGUUUGCUACGACCACAUCACUCUAGAGGAUUUGCAGACGUUACUGGACUUUUGCAGACUGCUCUACGAGCCUAUCAAUGAAAUGAAAGUUUCUCUUCGGCUUCCACGUUACUGGCGGGUAGAGAACAUGGGGAAAGGCCAGCUCAAGUUUUCAGAGACCCGAAAAGUCAGGUCCAAGGCAGUGCCUAAAUGGCAACCUCCUCUACCUCCCACGCGCCCUGAACUACCACCGCCGAGACCAAGUAAUGCAGGUGGUCUGAAGUUGACUUUCAAGAUGGGUGCCAACCAGUCUUCACAUGCCACGCCAACACCACCUCCUCCUGCACCUCCACCAACGUUGCCCACUCCUACUGCUGGCCCUGGCCGUGUUGUCCUCAAGUUCUCAAAGAAGGGUUGA